CUUAUCCUCAACCCAAACAUGGCGACAUUCUUUCACCUCUCCAAGUCACUCUCUUCCCCGCUUCCUUUCUUCCGCAUUCCUCCGCCGCUUCGCCGGAAACAUAGGCCUUCCACGGUGGCCCCAGCUCGUGCGGGCCCCAGCUCAAGUAGCAUCGCCUUUGCCAUCGGCCUCCCUCUCUCUCUCCUCGCUGUCACCGUCCUCACCUCCCUUCGAAUUGCCAAUAAACUCGACCAACAAUUUUUUGAGGAGAUGGCAAUGAAUGAAGCUAUCAUGCAAGCUGAUGAAGAUGACGAUGAUGAUUACGAAGAUGAAGAUUAUUAUGAUGAUGAUGAUGACGAUGAUGAUGAUGCAGAAACUUCUGUACAACAAGAACCUGCCCUUCCGCGUUCUCGUAACAGGCCUAUAAGGGAAGCUUAACUUUCACCCUUUUGGCCUAUGAAUUACAAUUUUUUCAGGUUGAUCUUGUUGCAGUAGAUAGA